AUGGCCACAGCGGCUUCGCCUGCCUCCAGGGCAAAGAAGAAGAGUGCAUCGCGAACAUCACAAUCACCCGUACCAUCGAACCCAUCUUCGUCUUCAUCAACACCAUGUACCGCUUCCUCUCCUUUAACCUUAGGGUCUCUACUGGACCCAGCCGGUCAAGAGACCAUGGCUUUGGUUCCGGUACACGCUUCCACACUGGAUCCAGCAUCCUUCUCAUCACUAGCCAGACGAGACUUUAUGCCUCUCAGAGCUGCUCCAGAUGAGCCGCUGCAUCCUCAGGCCAGGAUGCUGAUGAGCCACUUCUGUGACCACAUAGCCCCAGUCAUGGUAGUCCUUGACUUCGCGGGAAAUGGGUAUCGAGAUGUCAUCUUGCCCCUGGCUAUGCAGAAUGAUGUGCUUCGGCGAGCGAUAUCCGUCGUGGCAGCUUUUCAUCUGGCGCAAAAGGCCCCGCACCUACAACAGACGGCUCUGGCAGGACACCAAGCCAUUGUGCAGAAGUUGAGGCGAGACUCCCUCAUGCUCCGCCCGGAUCAACUCUUCACGCCCUACACCUGGGCCACGAUUGUUGUACUUCUCGUCGGCGAGACGAUCACCGGGGCUGACAACUUUGUCUACCUGCUCGAGAUGCUCACAUGCCUGCGGCAGUCUCCUGAAGCCAUCGCGGCGCUGCCUCUCGCCCUGAGGGACUUUUUUGUGCAGCAGGUCAAAAUGUUCGAGUUGUUCGGCUUUCCAUUAUCAGAUGAGACAAAAGGCCUCGAUGUCUUGCAGAAACCGCCCGAUAACUACAUGGACUUCAUCGCCUAUCCAUCCCUUUCCCCCGGCUCCGAGCUCCAGUCCAACGUGCAGAUAAUGCGAGGCGCCAUCCGAGAUGCCUGUGAGCUUUACAGGAGGCGCGCCCUUUCCUCCUCGUCAACAGAGGACUCGGUAUCACUCGUCGAAUGGCUUCGCCAACGAGUCUCCCACUAG